UUAGCUUAAUUCUUGCGUUCCUUCAGGGUGAAUGACUUUCACAAGUUUACAUUUUAGGGAAUGUCACUAGCUAAUGUUUGUUAUACACACGGGUUGGUUUUGUGUGUGUGUGUGUGUGUGUGUGUGUGUUGAAUUCCGGUCCAAACUUCCGCCUAUUUGUUUUUUUUUUGUAAAUAAGACCGUUUAAAAACGCACGCGCUUAUCUAGUGACCGAUACAGAGUCUGUGAAAUAGUAUAGUUGUCUGUACGGGGUAUAAAACUGUGUAUUUCUACGUUUAUCAUUUUGUAAUAAAGUGUUAUUCGAGCCUGUUGGCCAGUGUAUGGAAACGGAAAACGUUCAAAUCUUACAAUUGAAGCUGCUUUAGAAAGCUAGAACCCGUGAGAAUCCACUUUUAAAAGUGUAUUAUGCUGUUUUGGAUAGAGAUCUUGUCUACAAGCUGCUCCAUUACAGAGGCAGAUGCCCUUUCUGUCAAAUAAUCAAUAAGGGCCCGUCGCCAUGGAGACACACCUUGCCAGAGGCCAGCUGAGCGCUGUAUAGCCCUGAAUGAUCAGGAGGGAAGGAGGAGGAGUAGGGUGGAUAAGGGAGGGCUGGAUGAGAGAUGGCGGCGGUGAAUGACUCGCGGCUGCUGCAGCAGCCCCCUCAGAAGGACGCAGCUGAUCAGAACUUUGAUUAUAUGUUCAAGCUCCUGAUUAUUGGCAACAGCAGUGUGGGCAAAACCAGCUUCCUGUUCCGCUACGCCGAUGACUCCUUCACCUCGGCCUUCGUCAGCACUGUAGGCAUCGACUUCAAGGUCAAAACUGUCUUCCGUAACAACAAGCGGAUCAAGCUACAGAUCUGGGACACAGCAGGACAGGAGCGCUACCGAACCAUCACUACAGCAUAUUACAGAGGAGCCAUGGGCUUUCUGCUAAUGUAUGACAUCACCAACCAGGACUCAUUUAAUGCUGUACAGGACUGGGCUACCCAGAUUAAGACAUACUCAUGGGACAAUGCACAGGUGAUUCUGGUGGGUAAUAAGUGUGACCUAGAGGAUGACCGACUUAUUCCAACAGAAGACAGCCAGAGACUAGCUGAUGAACUAGGAUUCCAGUUCUUUGAAGCCAGUGCCAAAGACAACAUCAACGUGAAGCAGGUGUUUGAGCAGUUGGUGGAUGUAAUCUGUGAGAAAAUGAACGAAACUAUGGAGGGAGAUGGUGGUCCACUCAACAGCCUCAAGGACUCCAACCUGCAGGACUCUACCGCUGAAGGACAUAGCAGCUGUGCCUGUUAAAACACCAACCCCACACCAUCUUACUUCCACCCCUACAAACUGCACCCUUGUCUCAGUCCUCCUGCCACACACCUGUUUUCGGAGACUCGACACUAGCUAUCUGACUAAGACUUAUUGUUUUGGAUUAAGAUGUGUUCUGAUUCAGAUUCUGUAAACCUUUCUCACAUUUCUUAGGUGUCUGUCAAACCAGUAUUCUAACUUAAAUUCAUUUGGCCAAUCAAAAGAAAGUCUUUAGUCUGUACUGUAGUCCAUAUGUAUGAUGUCUAUAGAAAGCAUUGCUGCUAACAGAAAAGAAAAAAAAAACAGGGUGUUUUGUGAUUUAGCUAAGCAUAAGGUCAUGGUAGGUGGAAGCAUUUCCUGUGAAAUACGGUGCAGCGUUCCUUAAAUCACUUAAAAUCUUAAACCUUGUUGCAGCUCAUUUUAGCUCCUCUCGCAACUGUACUAAGAAAUGCACAGGCUGUUAAAGGUCUGUGUGCUAGCAGCUUACAGAGAUAAACAUCUGUCCAUCCAUACCCAUCCAGUCCUUCUAGCCCUUGCACUUUCUCCUCUCCUAUGAAAAAAAAAAAAGCUUGGGAGGGAGAGCUCUGUGGCUUAGCCCAUAAUGGGUGUGUUUGUGUCACAUGCAAGUUGAUAGCCCCGUUUUCAAUUGCCAAUCUGUGCCAGACUGUCUGUUUGUAUAAAGGUUUAGUUUUUAGAGGAACCACAUGUCAAUGCACAAAAGCAUGAAAAACAAAUGAAGACAAACAGAAUUAAAAAUUAGGAUAAUAUAAUCGUUACAUUUCAUGUCAAAUAUUUUUCUUAAUGGAAAUGAGUUUCUAGUGAAACUUUCUGGUAAAAUGCUGCAUAUGGUUCAAUGGGAAUAAUUAGGGCACAAUCACAUAACCUUUUGAAUUAAUGUUCUAUACAUAAGUAUUAAAUACCUUGAACUCUUCCUGCUUUUUUAAAUUUUAUAUUAUACUUACAAAGCUACCAGGUAAAUUUUCACAUUUCAUUUCAGUAUAAUGCUAGUCUCAUUAUUUUUUUAAAGUAAUGCAAUUUGCUGAGGUGAAUCUUAUGGACUAGGUAUGCUUUAAGCUUUUAAGUGGUGUUUUUGUGUUUAAACCAUCAUUGCACUGAGGCUGUAGUGUAUAUAGAAAGAUCAGAUGUCUGCACUAAGGGCUUGUUGAAGUGAAAAAGAGGAUUAUGUGUGUCACAUGUUUUGUUCUUGUAAAUCUUGUUUCCUGUUAAUUUGUUACCAGUGUUUCUUUGUACAAUAUACCACCCCAACCUGCGUCCGUAUCACUCGUCACAGUUGUGAAGUACAGAAGAGAAACUGUACUUUUGUGUGGCAGAAUCAUUCAGUAAGUGAGAUUGUGCAGAUUACAUGCCAGGUAUGCUUUAUAUAUUCAGGGACAGUGCUGAAACCUGCAGUAGGGUCAUGAUUCAGGCUCUACUCCUCAUUAUAUUUGUACUAAAGUCUCAUGUGAUCAGCUAGUGCCAUCAUUAUGACAGAAUGUACAUAUUGCCUUCAAAUGUCAAAACCUCUAUGGCCUAUAUUGGCUUGUAUAAAGUUUUUUGGUAUUAAGAAUGCUUUCCAAGCCUAAAUUACAUCCUUGUGAUGUGACCUGGUGAGUGUGAUAACAGAAACUAGAGAAAACUUUCUACAGCUCCUCAUCUAACCUCCACCCAUUCCCUCUCCCUUUUCUCUCUAUCAAUCGCCAAACAUACAGUUAACUGUUAUGAUCCGUUGGCACCACUCACAGAGAUACUCUGCUCUCAAAUCUUUCUUUAAUCUGCUGUUGUUUUAUUAUUAUUAUUGAGUGUCUCAUAGAUUCUGUACCAUUAAUAAAGUUCAGAAUUCCUCAAGUGGCAA